AUGGGAAGUUCUCGCUUCUUUCUCACCCUUCAACUCCUCCUUUUAAGCUCCUUUUGCUCAGUUCGUCUUUCCAAACCAUUUACCACAGCCAAAACUGAUUUUUUGGCACUUCUAUCCUUCAAGUCCCUCAUAUCAAGCGACCCACUUGGAAUAUUGUCGUCAUGGAAUGGUUCAGUGCACCACUGUCUCUGGCCUGGGAUCAAGUGUGGCGGCCGCCAUUCUGAUAGGGUCACUGCUCUUGUCCUAAGCUCCAGCCGUCUUUCAGGUCAGAUAUCCCCAUCUCUCUCGAACCUCUCCUUUCUUCAGGAGUUGAGGCUCUCUGACAACCACUUUACGGGAAUCAUCCCAGAGGAGCUAGGGCAAUUGAGCAGAUUGCGCAACAUGAAUCUGUCUGUGAAUUCCCUUGGUGGUAAUAUACCAUCAACUCUCGGAAACUGCACCAGGCUACAGGACCUAAAUUUGAGGCGAAAUAAUCUCCAAGGCACCAUCCCUAACAGCCUUGGCUUGUGCAAAGAACUUGUUUACCUAUUACUGAACUCUAAUAACCUCAUGGGUAACAUCCCACCAAGCCUUGGUAAUCUAACUAGGCUCCUACUGUUUCGUCUAGAUGUCAAUAAUUUAACUGGCACUAUCCCAGAUUCUCUCGGCCAGCUCGAAGUCCUCGAAACCAUUUGCCUUAAUGAAAAUCGUAUUUCAGGUGAGAUACCAAGUUCCUUGUACAAUAUUUCAUCCAUGCAGGUCUUCCAAUUAGCUUACAACCAGUUCAGUGGAAAUCUUCCUUCGGAUAUCGGCGCUAAUUUCCCAAACUUGUUGGCACUUGUAGUAUUUGCAAAUCAACUACAAGGACCAAUCCCGAAUUCCUUAUCCAAUUGUUCGGAGUUAUAUAUGAUUGCAGUUGCGUAUAACAAGUUCACAGGUCCAAUGCCUUCCAGCAUAGGAAAUUUACAAAACCUUGAGACUUUUGCGUCUGCAUCAAAUUUACUAGAGGCCACUGCGCCUAGGCAAUGGAAUAAUUUUAUGGAUGCAUUAACAAAUUGUACUGGUUUACAAGUAUUGGACCUUGGAGAUAAUCAACUCCAAGGAUUUAUACCCAGUUCCGUAGGCAAUCUUUCAAGCGAUCUUUUCUUUUUCAGUUUGCAAACUAAUCCUAUCUCUGGUAACAUCCCUGCUGAUAUUGGGAAACUAACUGGCCUGACAAGAAUUCAGCUGUCCAACAUGCAACUUAGAGGCACUAUCCCACAAGAAAUUGGCAGACUUUGGAGACUUGAAAUGAUAGAUCUAGCAAAUAACACCAUUUCAGGAGAAAUUCCACCGACUUUUGGCAACCUUACCAAGAUGACCCGUCUCUUCCUCCAAAACAAUGAACUUGUAGGGAGUAUACCACAGGAGCUAAGUUCGAUGCAAGCCUUAGAAUCAAUCAACCUGUCAACUAACAAUUUUUUAGGAAAUAUUCCAAAGGAAAUUAUGCUUCCCUCCCUUUCUCUAGCCAUGGACUUGUCACACAACCAUCUUAGUGGUCCACUGCCGCUAGAAAUAGGCAAGAUGAACAAUGUACAAAAGAUUAUCUUAUCAAAUAACAAAUUAUUCGGUGACAUUCCAAGCACCAUCGAUGGGUGCCAGAUAUUACAGACACUCUAUCUUGACAGAAACAUGUUUCAGGGUUCUUUCCCUUCAUCCUUCAGCAACAUGAAAGCACUGCUGGACCUUAAUCUGUCCCAUAACAAUUUUUCUGGUCCAGUGCCACAAUUCAUCGAUCAGAUGGAGCUCCAACAUCUGGAUAUUUCUUUUAACAAUUUCGAGGGGAAACUACCCAUAGGAGGAGUGUUCAAAAACAUUACUGCAGUGGAUGUAAGAGGUAAUCCCAAUAUUUGUGGUGGACCACCACAAAUGCAUCUACCUGGAUGUGUUGCACAUAUCCAAACACAAAAACAACAUCCCAGGAGAAUCAUUGCAAUAAUCUGUAUAGCUGCUGCAUUAGCAUGCCUAUGCACAGCCAUAUUGUUCUUUGCUAUUCGAUACCGUAGAAGGCCAAAUAAGAAUCCAGCCUCCAUUAUGAACUUGAAAUUUGAGCAUAAGAAGGUGUCGUACAAUGACAUAUUCAAGGCAACCGAGGGUUUCUCCUCGGUUAACCUGAUUGGAAAAGGCACAUUCGGAACUGUGUACAAAGCCACCAUGACCUUUGAGAAUCAGCCAAUAAUUGUUGCCACAAAGGUAAUAGAUCUAGAACAACAUGGUGCUACUGAAUCAUUCUUCAGAGAAUGUGAAGCAUUGAGAAAUAUUCGCCACCGUAACCUUGUUAAAGUCCUCAGUUCAUGCUCUAGUACAGAUCACAAUGGUAACGAUUUCAAGGCUCUAAUUUUCGAGUUCAUGCCAAAUGGUAGUUUGGAGACAUGGUUACAUACUAGAGCAUGUACUGAUAAUAGAUCAUUGGAAGCUCUGAGGCUAAUCAAGAGGAUGGACAUAGCUAUUGAAGUUGCCACAGCACUAGACUACCUCCACCACCACGGAACUGUGCCAAUUGUCCACUGUGAUUUGAAGCCUAGUAAUGUCCUUUUGGAUGAGGAAAUGACUGCACAUGUUGGUGAUUUUGGAUUAGCAAAAUUUUUGGUUCAAGAAGGUAUGAUGUCUUCUCAGUCAGCAACAAGCAUGGGCAUCAACGGUACCAUUGGCUACAUUCCUCCAGAGUAUGGCAUGGGGGGUCAAGCAUCAACACAAGGAGACGUGUAUAGCUAUGGCAUUCUGCUGCUUGAAAUGUUUACCGGAGUGAGUCCCACUGAUGAAAGAUUCACAGACGGAUUGAACCUACUCAGGCUAGUUGAGAUGUCUUUUCCCGAUAAAAUAAUGGAAAUAGUUGAUCACAAACUGAUUCUGACAAAUGGAGAAAUAGAGACUGAAGACAAUGCCUAUGCGCCAGGAAAAAUUUAUGAAUGCUUACUUUUGGUGACACAAUGUGCACUCAUGUGCUGCAAAGAGUCACCAAAUGAACGCAUCAGUAUAACAGAAGUUGCCAAAGAGUUAAACUCAGCACGAGAGAAGCUAUUGGCAUGA